AUGCCACAAAAGUUUAUCCCAAAGUGUGAACAUAUUUCGGUCUGCUCUUCCUGUUCCUCCCAUGCUAUCGUGGCAGGAUUCAAAAGACCAAGCAAAGGACAACGUCUCGCUGCAACCAAAGCCGACAAUCAAGAAUUUCUAAAGGAGGACAGGCUGUUCCUUGAGGAAGAUACUAGUGCUUUCCCUGCUCCUUUACUGCUUCCUGGCGAUGAUCUCGCUGGAGAUCCAGAGGACGCGCAAAGUCUGCAGGAAUGGUUGGACGGAGAAGACCGCAAUCCCGUAACCGCACAACGAAAAACGAUAUAUGUCGUUCCAUCUCCCAGGAUUGACUCAAGUGUUGACUUCAUGGAGGGGUGGACAACACCGAAAUGUCCUGAUAACCCAGAUCAGCCAAAGCCUCCUACCGCCAAAGAUGUCCGUGAUUACUUAGCUGCAUUCUACCAUGGCUUACCGGUCAAAGCCAUGCCAUCAUCCACUCUCAGAUUCGUGCCAUGGGAAGAGCCCAAAAAGAAAUCGCGGACAAAGUCAGGCCCGCAAUAUCUGGGACUAAACAUCGGCGAUGAGUGCGUGCGGAUUCGCGCCCGUACUUUACCACAUGGAGAAUAUGGCGGCCAAGUCAACUUAGACGAUCUUCUCGAUGCUGCGAUUAGUCUUUUACCGAAUGAUGCAUAUGCUCUCAUCAUGCUUGUGGACUUCGAUCUCUAUGAGGAUGAAGAGGACGAGUUUGUGUGUGGCCGUGCCUACGGCGGAAGCCGCGUUGCGGUGGUAUCAAGUGCGCGGUACAAUCCCGCUCUGGACGAUAUACAAGAAAUCGAACAUGCCCAUGCAUGGCCAGCAUCGCAUUGUGAGAAAUUCAUGUCCGAAUGUGCAUCGGCAGAAUCAUCUGCCAAGAGGCAAAAGAAGUCUUCUGUUAAUAGCCGAACAACGGCAAAGCUGUCAUUGGAGGUGGAGGGGCCUCUGAGAAAGGCAGUUUCGUUCUACCGUUCCCUUCCAGAUAUAGAAUCAUCGCCGUCUUUGCUGUCUGCGCUUUGGUUGGGUCGUGUUUGUCGGACAGCAAGUCAUGAAUUGGGUCAUUGCUUUGGUAUCGAGCAUUGUGUCUACUAUGCGUGCUCGAUGCAAGGCACAGUGUCUAUCUGUGAGGACGCAAGACAGCCGCCUUAUCUCUGUCCAGUUGAUUUGGCGAAGGUUCUCUGCGCGACUUCGGCCUCGGCGUUGCGACGGUAUCAGGCUCUUCUGGCGUUUUGUGAGCGGCCAGGUAAUCGUGAUACGCAUUUCUUCGGGCCGUUUGCUACUUGGAUCCGCGGUAGAUUGGAUCAGAUUGAGAGUUGA